AUGGUGUUCCUUUCCUGUGAAGAGGAAUGCAAGAAUCUUCGACUAGGGGUUAAUGAUAUUUUAAAAAUGUCAUCUUUGAAUACGUACACCGGUCACUGCCCCGAGUACAAGUAUCGCAUAGGUGACACGUAUGGGUCUACCACUCACAAGAUCCUCCUGGACCCUAGUGUACAGCACUCCGAGAGACUUGUACUGUCUGACAGAACUGCUGAUGACUUCCAGCGGUACACCGUCGCUGCGACAGAAGCGCUAUCAGAAUUUCAAAGGGUUCAACUCAACCAGAGAGCAGCAAGGAACCAGUUAGAAAGAGUGGUCGACUUGCAAGCCGGUAAAGGACAACCUUGGGACCUGGUUGACAGAUUCUCCGCGACAGCCGAGUUUAAGCUUCCAUUAGUCACUGUGCGACCAGAAUGUGCAGGAAUAUUACGUGACGUACCAAUGGAUGAACCAAAAUUAUCACCAGCAUCACAUUCUGUUAGUCCAUACUUCUUGGAAAACAGUCAUCCUGAGAAAUAUAUCAAGAAAGGCUUUUCGGGUCAUGUUCCGUACGGUUUCCAAAGAUUUGGUGAGUCGUCCAAGAAACUCACAAACUCUGCGCUUUGUGACUUUUCGUCGAACUACAGACGAAGACAAAGUACUGAAUGGGCGCCAGUAAACGUUGUCAAGUAA